UUGACGAAAACAGCCCCAAACCCUGAAACUCCAGCAGCCAAGCCAGCAAAAACCCUCCUUAAACCCUUCUUCUUCACCAAAAUUCACAAACUCUGCAACUCCCAACCACCAAAAAUGCUGAUUAAAUCCAAAGUUCAGCGCUUUCUCUUUGUUUCUCACCACCCAAAUCCCAGCAAUUUACAGUUCAUCAGAACCUUCAUUGAGAACAUUGAAAUCAAAUUCGUCGCAGAUCGUGGGUUAGACCACGUUGUUGAGAGAGAGAAAGACCUAAAAUAUGUUGUAAACCUGAAGAACCUGCUCAAAUCAGAGCCUUCUAAAUCUCUUCCUCUUUCCUCCAUUGUUGACCACACACAGAAGCUCAGAUUCCCAUGUCGUACAAUUGAUUUUAUUCGUAAGUACCCUAAUUUUUUCGAAGAGUAUUUUCCUGCUAAUAUUGGUGUCCACCCACAUGUUAGAUUAACCCCAGAAAGUCUUAAUGUUGAUGCUGAAGAACAGUUGAUUUAUGAUAGUGAUACAUUUAGGAAAGAUGCUGCUGAUAGGUUAUUGAAGCUAUUGAUGUUGUGUAGAGUUAAUGAAAUUCCUUUGAAAUUGAUUGAUAUGUUUAAAUGGGAUUUAGGUCUUCCUGAUAAUUAUGUUGAUACAUUAGUUCCUGAUUUCCCUGAUUAUUUUAAAGUGAAAAUGGUUAAUCAGACCCGCCCGAAUAGUGGUCGGGUUGAGGGUUUGCUGGAAUUGGUGUGUUGGAAUGAUGAAUUGGCGGUUUCUGUUAUCGAAAAGAUGGCAAAGAAGAAGGAUUCUAAGUUUAAAAAGGGGAUGCCAAUUGAAUUCCCUUUGCAGUUUUCAAAUGGGUUUGAGCUUGAUAAGAGUCUAAAGAGGUGGUUGGAUGAGUGGCAAAAAUUGCCUUAUGUUUCACCUUAUGAGAAUGCAUCUCAUCUUCAACCUAAUACUGAUAUGUCUGAUAAAUGGGUGGUUGCGGUUUUGCAUGAAUUUCUCCAUAUUCUUGUUACCAAGAAGACGGAGAGAGAUAACAUGCUUUGUCUUGGAGAAUUUUUAGGUAUUAAGCCGAGGCUUAAGCGGGCGUUGGCUCAUCAUCCAGGCAUAUUCUACCGUUCAAGUAAAAUCGGGACUCAUACUGUGGUAUUAAGGGACGGGUUUAAAAGAGGUUUGUUGAUUGACAAUAGUCCACUGUUAGAUAUGAGAAACAACUAUAUUCAUCUUAUGCACAAGGUGGUGAAGGAAGUGAAGAAGUCAAAAGGUGUGAAAAGUUCUAGUAACACCAACCAACAAGAAGUGGAGGAAGGAGUGACAGAGAAGGAGGAACACAAUGGGGAUGAGGAAAUGCAAUGUUCUGAUCCUGAUGUGGAAGAAAGCAGUGAUGAUGAAGAGGAUGAAGAUGAAGAUGAGAAAGUUGAAAGCACAAGGGGUGGGUCCAAAUAUGAAAAAAGAGGAUCUGAUAAGGUUAACAAGCGUAGGGAAAGGUCGAGGAGAAAUUCUUUGCAGGAGGUUAGUGAUGGUGAUGACGACGACGAGGAGAAAUUUGAGAGCUCAAGGGAUGGGAACUAUAAUGAAAGAAGAGGAUCAAGUAAGGUAAAUGAAAGCAAGGGAAAACAAGGAGAGGAUAGGGGGAGGCGUUGGAGAAAUGUUUCGUGGGAUGAAAGUGGUGAUGCUAAUGAAAAUAAUCGAGUUGGUGGAUCAAGGGGUGGGCACAACAAUGGAGGAAGAAGAGGAUCUAGUAGGGUAAAUGAGGGCAGGGGGAGGCCCGAAGAGGGUAGGGGGAGGCCUAUUAGAAAUGCUUCGCGGAAUGAAAGUGGUGGUGGUGGUGGUGGUGAUGGUGAUGCAGAGCGAGUUGAGCGCUCAAGGGGUGGGCACAGUUAUGAAAGAAGAGGAUCUGGUAAGAUAAACGAGGGCAGGGGAAGGCCUCUGAGAAAUGAAAGUGGUGAAAAGAGAUUUGAUAGUCCAAGGGGUGGGCACAGUAAUGGAAGAAGAGGAUCUGGUAUGGUAAAUGAGGGUAGGGGAGGGUUUUCUAGUAAUUCUUCAAGGAAUGGAAGUGGUAGAGGUUAUAAUGAGGAGCGGGUUGAGAGCUCAAGGGGUGGGCGCGGUAAUGGAAGAAGAGGAUCUGGUAAGGUAAAUGAGGGAAGAAGGAAUACUGGGAGAAAUGCUUCGCGUGAAAGAUUGGCCUAAAAUUACCCACGAGAACCUGCAAAAGAUGUCAUACUGGUUAGUCAAGUAGAAAGAAUGCAUUUGAAGGCUUGAAGCUGAGAGAAAGUAGAUCCAAUACCAAGAUCAUCAAGACUGAUUCAAGAGGGCAGAGUUUUUGUCACUGAAUCACGCAUACCUUUGUAAAUGGUUCAAUGUCCAAUGUGGAAGGCUUGAAUAAUGGUACUUUUUUUGUAAUCCACCUGCCAAUUUGUGACUUGGUUGUUCUAUAUCAUUUUUCCUUUAUUUUCAUUUCGUUUAAUAAACUUUUGUGCUUCGGCUCAAAUUUCUUCUUCCACGCACAUCGCAGUGUUAGCGUUAUAAAGUUCUGGAUGCAUAAUCAUCA